CCGUUCCACUCACACCUUUUCCCAUUGAAUGCUUUCGUGACGUAUUUGCGUUCAAAACAGCUGCAUCUUCCAGCCACAGAAUCACGCACGAUCCAACGAGAGAAGAGAGCUGGUAGCAGGCCAUCAACUAGUGGAGGAGGGCAUGGCUGCGUCUCGAAAUCACCCGCGCAAUUUCACCUCGACUAUCCACCUUCGUCACGCCCCGGAGUGUGCCCGAUAGCUGGCUGCUCCUCAAAGACCCUCCGCCAAAUCGAGGGAACAGGCUAGCCUGCGACAGAGCUGGACUCAAUUGUUAAGAAGCGCCCGUGAGGUGAAUCACAGCCAGGCUAUUUCCCAAUCGCACCAUGCAGCAGCAGCAAGAUGGGCUUGCUCCUGCUUUCGUCUAUGACCCAGCACCAGAGUCUUCCGAGGGCAAGAGCGAGCGCACCGUCGACCCAUCUUUGCUAGCUUCGCCAGCUCGCAGUACGCGCACGAACAAUAGCUCUACUUCUAGCACAGAGCGUGGAGAAUGGUCCGAUGGGGAUGGCGAUGACAGUGCGCUCGAUCUGCUGGUGGACGCGCACGAUCGGAGCAACAAUAGCAGUGGGAUAAGCCAAGCGGAUCACCAAGACGGAUCAGAAGAGGCUCCAAUCACUUCGGAUCUGAGUGGAGAAAAUGAUGAGGAGCAGGGUGCUUUUUCGGAUGCUACGCCAGUACCGGAUAGCUCGGGUGCUUUCGAUGCUCUAGAUCGGGCAGAGUUGGAGCGUAACACCCAACACAAACACCGACCUUCGCAUCACGACGCCUCUUUCGGAUUGGAUCCCGAUGCAGAUUUGAAUCAUGCCAUUUCUGGAAGACCCUUAUUCGGCUUGUCUCCCGGUCACCACACUCAUCAUCAUCACCAGCACCACAGCCAUCACGAGCACGAAGGUUCCUCACGUGAUGGAGGAGGGCAACCCAGCUCGGCCGUCGAAGGGCUCGACCGAGGUCGGACAAGCCACAGUUCACGCUCUGGACCAUUCACGACUCCUCACUCUUCAGGCUUGCCAGACACGGUGCCUACAGCUUCGGCCACCGGCAUGCCACGCAUUCUUCCACGUCGGUACAGUCGAUCCCGUUCUCCGACCGGCUCUGUUCAUUCCUCCAAUGCACCUCCGCCAAAAGAGAUGAGAGUGCAGAGCCCGUCGGGAGAUGCUGCAGGCGGCGUGCAAGAUGCAGGAGGAGCUCAGUCCAACGUCCCAUCGGGCUCAUUGACUUUGGCAGCUUUUGCACCGGGAUUGAAGUGGCGCAGAAGAUUGGCUCUGCUCAGCGCUACGAUCGGAAUCAACUUGGGCUUGCCGUUCCUGAAUGGCGUCAUGUUAGGCUUUGGAGAAAUUUUCGCGAGAGCGGUCUUGGCGCCCAUGCUCGGAUUGAGCUUGGGCGCCGUCGGGGUAGGCAGCAUGGCGCACAGGGAAGAGCUGGAAAGACUGAGGGGUACAGGAAGAGCGGGCAAUGCGAGAGUCGGGCUGAGUGGCGCUGCCGGGUCGAACGCUGGCAUUGGACAGAAGGACGGAAAUACCAGGUGGGCUCAGGGGGCUGAAGGAGUGGAUUUGGAUGGUUGGGCUCUUGAAGCUGAUGACGAGACGAAGAAGAGCAGGAGGCGCUAGAGACGCAAACAUUGAACACAAUACUCCAACAUUCAUGAGCAAGUCGCAGCAUAAUCAACCGAGUCACGCAAUCAAAUAGUCAAACGUCUGGUAGUGCACAAAGAGGGCCGUCGUCGACGCUGAG